UUAUAAGAUAUUCUAGGGAAACCUGACGGUUAACGAUAAAGUCUGGUAAAUCUGACAUUAUUUGCCCGUAUCUGUUUAUAAAAAGGGUCGCUGUACCGCUCUCUAAAGAUGUUACCUAUGUUGCGUAGAAGAGGAUUGCUCUUCUGUUUUUGAGCUAUAAUACGACACUGAAGCGAUGAAUCUAAAAAGUAAUUCGACACACUUUGAAGGAGCUCUUUAACAAGCUUAGCGCGGCCGUUGCUGCAAAGAACAACGAGGAUAACAAUUAUGUUUUUGGUUUUUAUGUGACCACUUAUUGAUUCUUAGAAUUUAGCGUCUGUUCAACUUUGUGUUACUGACGGAGGAUUGAGAAAGGAAGCCGGCUGAAUAGACUUGAAAUAGACGAUCUUGUCACGUCUAUUCAUAUUCAGCUAAAUGCGAUGCGAUAGCCAAGUAUAGAAUAGCCGGACCAUCGUGAACCUGAUAAGAACGGGAAACCUAAACAGAUUAAGUAAUUUAGCUGUGAACUUUAAAUAAGAUUUGGCUAUUACCCUGUCCAUUUAAUCCCUCUGAAAAGAUAUUUGUCUUAAGAUUUUCUCACUCAGUCAUCUCGUUAUUCUGAAGAAGAUCUUCAAUGUUACGAUCCAUUUACCAGGCUCUACCAUGUGCCAUAAAUAAUCUAUUACUGUUGGAUAUUGGAUAGGCUGUUACCAAGAUAAACCAAAGUGACCCUAUAAAAUUGGAUAUGCUGUUACUUUGAAACUUUUGCUGUGGUCACAUGAAUUCAAUCGACAAUCGCAGGGAAUUUGCUCUUCGUAAUAUGGGUUUUCUGUGACCCGCCAAUCAUGGUCCGUAUUUUAGCCCUACAUCGCUAUUGCAUUUUGCCCUGAUAUUUCCAGAAGGAACGUUUUGAACUGUUUGUCGGGUUACACUAAACUCCAGUGUCAUUGUUUUAUAGAUGGCUUUAAUAAAAGACAAAAACACCGCUAGACAUUUGAGAAGAGGGAUCGAUUGUAUAAAUACAAUCAUUAAAUAACCUGGGUCAAGGCAAAAGACAAGUCAAACCGUUAAUUAUUGGUGCAGAUUUUGCUGCAGCAUCAUUCGUUUCCAAGCAGGCUAGAGAUCAGUGAAGUCCUUCGAAAAUGAUCGCUACAAAUCUUGUAUUUAUAGCUGCUGCUACCUUUAUCGUGCAUUUAGUGUUCUGCCAAGUUGGGGAAAGUAUUUCAGCUGCAGGAAGUGGAGAGAAUGUGACCUGCUGUGCUUGUGGAAUGGCCACGUACAGACUCAAAUUUAUGGGCAAGUGGACAAGGACUCGUCAUCCAAAGCACUUUCCUGGCAGAUUGGCCUACUUUUCAUCAUUGAUAGGUGCCUCGCAUUCAAAUGAGUUUGUCUUGUGGCGUAUAGGUCAGCUCGCUUCCUCUGGGAUUCGCAAAAUGAGUGAAUAUGGCUCCCAGCUAGAGCUUGAACAAGAAAUUGCUUUAAAGGAAGCUCAAUUAAUAAGCAAAGUUGUCACAAAGCCAGUUGCGUCUUGUUGUGAAAGUGCGAGAGCUACUUUCAAAGUAAACAAGUACAAGCCUUUAUUCUCGGCAAUGUCAAGAGUUUCACCAAGCCCUGACUGGAAUGUAGGAGUCGACUCAUUGGAUCUUUGUGACCACAAGAAAUGCAGUUGGAGAAAGAAGAUUGAGUUAGACCUAGAUCCUUGGGAUGCAGGGACAGACAGUGGCAUAACUUUUACUUCCCCCAAUCACGAGUCACGCCCAUCUGAACAAAUUCAUUACAUUGGAAAGAGAAAAGACCUGCACUCUGAGAGUUCACUUAAUCUUGGCGGCAACAAAGCUCCUUCGCUUGCAAAAAUCAUUUUGCACCUUGUAAAAAUAGAUGGCAAAUGCUCUGGACAUCUUAAUGAGGUCAAUAUUCCAAAAGUUGGGAGAGCUCCUGGUACAUGUCACGUUUCAAUAUGGACGUCAUGGACAAGAUGCAGUGUCAGUUGUGGAUUUGGUACUCGUGUCCGUGGUAGAGUAAUACUGAACAGCGGAUCGCCUCAACUAUGCCCCCCUUUAAAGGAAACAAUAGCUUGCAAUAUGGGAAACUGUAAGAAAGUUGGUCAGCGGAGAAGUGGCAAUGACUGCCAAGUCUCAAAAUGGGGAACCUGGACAAAAUGCAGCGCUACUUGUGGGAAAGGAAUCAAAGUAAAAACAAGAAACGUCAUUCAGAUGCCAGGCCGAGGAGGAAAAGCUUGUCCCAAACUUUUCAGAAGAAAAAGGUGCCAGUUACGUCCUUGCCGAGUGCCCAAAUGAUCAUUCCAUCAACAUUGACGAAAUGCAUAAUAGAGGCUAUAUCAUGUCCGGCUUCAAGAAAUUCAGCUAGACAUUAGAACAGACGACAAUGGCUUGAUGUCGCCCAACUAUCUUUGUGUAAUAUAGAUUAUUCUUUUUGCCAUAAGAUUGUAAUUGUAAAUAGAUUUUGUUCAUGCUUGUUAAAUUGCUCUCAGCUGAUAUCGACCCAGGUUAACGAGUUGAUAAAGCUAAGAGAUCAAUCGAUACCACAGAAGACGUAUGAUUGAGCUACUUUGAUGUAAAAAAAUUAUUUAGGAUUUUUUUGCAUUUGAGAGAAGCUUGAAGUUGACUCUUUGACCAUAAAAAUGCUAAUCAGAGAAGCUGUAAAAAUGACUUGCUUUUACGGCGGUAAAGCUACAUAAAAUGCUAGAUUAAAAAGCUAUGACAGUUGUACAGCUCCAGUUUCGUAGUUUUCAAGCACAAGCAAGGAGCCUAUUUGUAUUGGCUUGUAGUCAUGCUUCGAUAUUGAGAGGCAUCUAGAUAUUUCAGUAAACUAAUUUAAAUCUUUAUGCGUGCCCUUAAGCUUUUUAUUAUGAUACAUGUUGCGCAGUACUAAAGUUAAGUCGAUUAGCAUAUAAGAUGCCAAAAUGUUUCUUAACAUUUUCACUGCAAGUUGUUCAUUUCACAGGAGUUGAAUUAAGAGAUGGUCAUUUAAAAUGCUCAAUUUUUAUUAAAUUUCACUAAGUGCCUCUUCUCAAUAAUAUUGAUAAGCAAGUUUCAAUAGUUGAAAAUUUAAGAUUUCAUGCGAAAUUCGAGUUAACAAUCAGAAUGUUUAAAAAAUUAUUAAAGGACACAAUGAACUGAAAGUUAGAAAAUUGGCUAAAUAAUGAUUUCUUUGUUUAAAAAAAGCAAACGAAGCACUUUGAAUUUAUUUGAUCAUUUCUCUAGGCAAUACGCUUAGUCCAAGGCUUAUCCUGUUUUUAAAUUCUUCUCAUUUUUCUGUGCAAACGUUGACUAUGAGUUUUUUUGACACAGACAAUUAUCACGUCUUGUGAUAAUUUUGAAAGUGCGAAAAAUAGCCUUAAAAAGGCUUCUGCAAAUAGACCAAUUGUAACACGUUUAGAUAUAAAAAUUUAAAAACUCUAUCUCAUCGCAAGGUUGCUCGACAUCGGCUGAUUCGGCAUCAAAUUAUAAUGCUAACAUCGAAAUAAAGUGAAUUUCUGUCUCUUUCUUUCCAAAGCAUUUUCGGCAACGUAGGUCUUUCAUAAGAUUCAGUAGCACUUUGUAAAGAGAAAGGAUGCAAUUGAAUGUUUUCACCGAAACGCAGUGUGAACACCGAAAACGGAUACUUUUGACAACGACAGCAACAGCACAGCAAGAUGCUUAGAACAUCCCAAUUUGAACAACUUCUCUUAACAUGGCUGAUUCGCUCGAAGUUAGUUCACUACUUGGAAGAAUGUUAGUGGCGGUGAGUUGUUUGAAAAGUUUAUUAGCAGUCGCAAGGUCUGUAAACCAGUUGGUGGCGUUUUCCUUAUUAUCCAGAGCGGAGCAAUGUGAACGCUUCAUCGUUUUCACACCGUUAUCAAAUGUAUCCGGAGCAGUGUGAACAGGAAAACGGAUCGAUAUGAAAACGGAUAAAAACGAACACGGAGCAACGUGAACAUAGGCUCAAAGGUGUGUUUUCUUCUCUAAAUUGCGUAUAUGAUGUUAACGAAAACUGGCAUUCAACCUACAGGACGUCUCCCCGGUUACCCAAAGCCGUAUUUGGAGUUGCAGAUGCACUAAUCCCGGCAGAAAGACGAAUAUAUAAAUUGGUUUUUUGUAUUGAAGAAGUUGUGGUUGUUGAGGAUUGUGGUCCAAGAGUUGAUACUGGUGCAGGAACAGCAUUUUGGGUGGUUGGAAGGUGUUGUUCCAUAUGGGUCUAUUGUUGUGGGUAGUUUAGUAUGAACAUAUUAUCAUAUUAUCGAUUUGGAUCCGAACUCAUUUUUAAGGGGGUGUCUACACGAGAUCGGAUCCUUAUGGAACCAAGAUGCGUAGAUUUGUGUGCUCAUUCCAAUAA